AUGCCAAACUGGACUCAUCUUCCCGUCGGCUACCAUGGUAGAGCAUCCUCUGUUGUCGUUUCCGGAACUCCUCUUCAUAGACCAAAAGGUCAACGAAAGCCAGAAGACGGCCCACCAACUUACGGUCCUUGCCGAUUGAUGGAUUUUGAGCUUGAAACCGCAUUUUUCGUCGGAAAAGGGAACGACCUCGGCGAUUCUAUCAAUGUCAAUGAGACUGCCGAUCACAUCUUCGGAAUGGUCUUGAUGAACGACUGGUCAGCACGAGACAUCCAAAAGUGGGAAUAUGUUCCUCUCGGCCCAUUCCUCGGAAAGAACUUUGGAACUACUAUCAGCCCUUGGAUCGUCACGAUGGAAGCAAUGGAGCAAUUUAUUGUUCCAAACAUGGAAAUGAAAAAUCCUAUUCUUGAUUAUUUGACGAUGAAUAAGGACUACAACUUCGACUUGAAUUUGGCUGUUUCAAUCAAGGGCGAGAACCAGUCGGAGUACAACCAAGUUGGCACCUCAAACUUCAAGUACAUGUACUGGACAGUGGCGCAGCAGCUGGCUCACCAUACAGUCAAUGGCUGCAAUUCCCAGCCAGGUGAUCUUUAUGGCUCUGGCACAAUUUCUGGCCCAGAACAAGGUGAAUAUGGAUCCAUGCUCGAGUUGAGCUGGAAGGGCACGCGAACAGUCAAAGUUGGCGACGAAGAGCGAAAAUUCAUAAAAGGAACCGUUCAAGAUUCUCAUGAAGAAAUCUUGCCUAUAAAAUGUUUUAUGAGCGGAACCUAUCGCGCUGAAUCAAAUGCGUACAAGUCCCCCGAUGAUGGAUACAUUCCCCCUCGAGUCCAAGCAUACUCAUAUACGCCGGCUCAAUCAGCUGAAUCAGGUACUAACAUUGACGAUGGAUACGUCGCGCCCAGAAAUGAUUCGCAAACUGAAGGCUACUUGCAGGAAAAGUUCUAA